UAUUCGUCCCUUUUUCUAGAGCUGAAAUUUAUGUAGUAAUCUGAUUGAAAGCUGCUCGCAGGCCCUCUGUCCUCCUCCUCCUCCACCAGAUGCCUUUAUAUUGAUUUUGAUUCGAGUGGGAAGCUUGAGACCGGAAUUGGCAACCGAGUCUGCACAAUAUACGGCGGUUUCGGCGGUUCAGCCAAGCUCACAUGCCAUCGUUCAUUAAUUUUAAUUGGAGACUUUCGUCUCUUUGAUAAUCUAUACUUUGUGUCUGGGGACACCGUACACUUUGUUUUUGGAGCUCAAUACUCAGAAUGCUGGAGAGAAAUGAAGCUUCUUGGAAUAACAUGAUGUCAGGGUUAGUUCGAUGUGGUUGGUACUUUGAAGCGAUGCCUUUUUUCUAUCAUAUGCUUGAAAGGGAUGCCAAGCCGAGCAGUUUUGUAAUUGCUAGUUUAUUGACUGCAUGUGAUAGGUCAGGCUGUAUGAUCAAAGAAGCACUUCAAAUUCAUGGUUAUGUUGUCAAAUAUGGUUUGUUCUCUGACGUGUUCGUAGGCACUUGUCUUCUGCACUUUUAUGGUUCAUAUGGUUGGGUUUGUGAGGCCAGCAAGACCUUUGAGGAGAUUAUUGAACCAAAUAUAGUGUCUUGGACUUCUUUGAUGGUGACUUAUGCAGAUAAUGGUGAUCAGGAGGAGGUUAUAAAUAUUUAUCAGCAUCUGAGACGCAAUGGGUUUUAUUGUAAUCAAAAUACAAUUGCUACAGUUUUUAGUUCUUGUGGGAUGCUUGGGGAUAGACUUUUGGGCUAUCAAAUCUUGGGAAAUGUGAUUAAAUCUGGACUAGACAGUAAUGUUUCUGUGGUGAAUUCCCUCAUAUCCAUGUUUGGUAGCUGUAGUAGCAUGGAGGAGGCAUCUUCUGUGUUUAAUGACAUGAAGGAACGUGACACCAUCUCUUGGAAUUCAAUCAUUACUGCAGCUGCGCACAAUGGUCAUUGUGAAGAAUCUCUUCGAAACUUUUCUUUGAUGCGUAAUACUGAUACAGAAACAAACUAUAUUACAAUUUCGGCCUUAUUAUCAGUGUGUGGGUCGGCUCAAAAAUUGAGUUGGGGAAGAGGACUUCAUAGUCUUCUUGUAAAAUCUGGACUAGAAUCAAAUGUUUGUGUAUGUAAUAGUCUCUUAACUAUGUAUUCUGUUGCUGGAAAAUCUGAGGAUGCAGAGCUUGUAUUUCAUACAAUGCCAGACAAGGAUUUAAUCUCUUGGAAUUCCAUGAUGUCAGGCUAUGUUGAGGAUGGAAUGUACCUAGAAGCUAUACAACUUUUCAUUGACAUGCUCCGGGCUAGAAGGGCAAUGAAUUAUGUUACUUUCACAAGUGCAUUGGCCGCUUGUUCUAACCAAUCAAACAUAGUUGAAGGAAAAACUGUUCAUGCUCUUGUAAUCCUUUUUGGUCUACAUCACAAUUUGAUCAUAGGCAAUACAUUGGUUACCAUGUAUGGGAAGUGCAAUUUGAUGUCUGAUGCACAAAGGGUGUGCAAAGCCAUGCCCAAGAGAGAUGAAGUAACUUGGAAUGCACUGAUUGGUGGCUUUUCUGAUAAUGAACAACCUAAUGAGGCAUUGAAAGCUUUUAAGUUAAUGAGAGAAGAAGGUGUACGUACAAAUUACAUCACAAUUGUCAAUGUUCUUGGUGCUUGCAUAUCUCCUGAUGAUCUUUUAAAACAUGGAUUCCCUAUCCAUGCACAUACUGUUGUGACAGGGCAUGAAUUAGAUACGUAUGUUCAAAGUUCCCUCAUUACAAUGUAUGCCAAGUGUGGCGAUCUUGAUACAAGUAAUUUCAUUUUUAAUGAGUUAGGUAGUAAGACCUCUAGUGCUUGGAAUGCUAUUAUUGCUGCAAAUGCUCAUUAUGGGCCCGGUGAAGAGGCCCUCAAACUCAUUGUAAAAAUGAUGAGUGCUGGGUUUCGUUUAGAUCAGUUUACUUUCUCCAUAUCUCUUGCUAUUGUAGGUAACUUGGCUGUAUUGGAUGAGGGCCAGCAGCUCCAUGCCUUGGUUGUUAAACUUGGGUUUGAGUCAGAUCAUUAUGUGUCAAAUGCUACAAUGGAUAUGUAUGGAAAAUGUGGGGAAAUUGAUGAUGUGUUAAAAAUUGUUCCCCUACCUAGCAUCAGGUUGCAGAGGUCUUGGAACAUAUUGAUAUCAGCAUUAGCAAGACAUGGGUUUUUCCAAGAGGCUAGGGAAGCUUUUCACGACAUGCUUAGUCUGGGACUGAGACCUGAUCAUGUCACCUUUGUCUCACUUUUAUCUGCUUGUAGUCAUGGCGGUCUAGUGGAAGAGGGUCUUGCAUACUACUCUUCAAUGACUAGUGAAUUUUGCGUUCCAGUAGGAAUUGAGCAUUGUGUUUGCAUAAUUGAUCUUCUUGGGCGAGCUGGCAGGCUUGCUGAGGCUGAGGCUUUUAUUGACACAAUGCCAGUUCCACCAAAUGACCUUGUGUGGCGUAGCUUGUUGGCUUCUUGUAAAAUACAUGGUGAUAUGGAACUUGCAAAGAAAGCUGCUGAGAAUCUUUUCAGGAUGGAUUCCUCAGAUGAUUCAGCCUAUGUUCUUUAUUCUAAUGUAUGUGCAUCAACCAGAAGAUGGGAUGAUGUAGAGAAUGUUAGAAAAGAAAUGAUUACUCAUAAUAUAAAGAAGAAGCCUGCCUGCAGUUGGAUCAAGUUGAGGAACAAGGUGACUUCUUUUGGAAUGGGAGACCAGAGUCAUCCACAGAAUGAACAAAUCAUUGUGAAGUUGGAAGAGCUCAUGAAGCUGCUAAAAGAGACAGGUUUUGUGCCUGACACAAGCUAUUCACUACAAGAUAUAGAUGAAGAACAAAAGGAGCAUAAUCUUUGGAACCAUAGUGAGAGAAUUGCCCUUGCAUUUGGAUUGAUCAAUUGUCCAGAAGGUUCGCCAAUUAGAAUAUUCAAGAAUCUUCGUGUCUGUGGUGAUUGCCACUCUGUUUUCAAGCUUGUUAGCAAAAUCCUUAGUAGGAAAAUUAUACUUAGGGACGCAUACCGGUUUCACCAUUUUACUGGUGGCAAGUGUUCUUGUUUAGACUACUGGUAGCGGAUUGGAUUUUGUUGCAAAUAUAUAAUUGAAAAACUGGGCAAAGAAAUUAAAACCAUGCUUGAGUUCUAUUCGAUCAAUUGGUUGCAGCUCUUGGAAAAAGUGGAUUAUACCAAUGAAAGAUACAGGCUAUAAUUAUUCCUCUUGCACAAUGGGAGGUUAGUUGUCUUGCAUUUUUUUUUUUUCCCAAAUGACAUUGUAUUUUAUUUAUCUCAAAUUAGUUCCCUAAGAAGAUUUAUUAUUUUCUUCUCAUCUUCGAAUCUUAUAAUCACGUAUGAGAGAGAAUAGAGCCAAUUGAAUACCAUUAGUCUAUAUGUUUGCAUUGUCAUUCUUUAUUUUGAUUUUCUUUUCCUUUUUAUUUGACUUUAUUGAAAAAAUCUAUAUUUUAUAAUGUGUUUCGUUGCUUAUUUUAUGCUGGAUGGUUCUUAUAUUUCCAUUCUAUUAAUUUGUCGUUUCUUUGUCGUUUGAGUAUUAACUGAUUUUUGUGCAUUUUACUUUAUCAUAGUUUGACUCUCCUUGCAUUUUAAAUGUUCGCCUUUAUUAAAUGUUAUUGGUUAGUAUAAUGAGAUUGAUAGUUUUCUUAGUCUAAGAGCUGUGCAUGCUCUGUUUAGUUCCCUUUUUACUUAAAGCCCAACACUUGUUUUUAGUAUUCUAUUGUUGAUUUUUUCCCCCUCUUUUCACUCAAAGAUUCAAACCCCUUUUUUUCCCCUUUGUUUCUUGGAAAUGCAGUGUGAUAUGACUACAUGAUGUUUAGAUCCGUUGUUGCUUGUGCUUUGGUGGGAUUUGAUUUACUUCGCGGUGGAAUACAUGAUCAUACUUGCACUAUUCGAUACUAUUGAAAUAGUUUUUCUAUAGUAUUUUAUUGACUAUUGGCCUACUUUAUUUACUAUAGAUAGAUACACUGGGUUCCUACCAAGUAAGAACCAAGUAAUCCCCUUCCCCCCAAGUACUGUCCCUUGUUUCUCUACAGGUGCUAAUAAAGAUAGGAGGCUUCGCCCUUCCCAUAAUGCUUGGCCUUUCAGGAUUGCGACAACAAUUCCAUGCAUUUCUGCUGUCUUUCUCCCAAGGUUUGAAACCUGAUCUCUGUUUGAGAAUGGAGUUUCAUAUAAUUAUCAGAAUGAUACUGUUUUAACUGACAAGGACUGUCUUUCAUUUACUGCCUUUUGCACCUUGUUCAUCAUCUUGGGUGGUUGCUUUUUAGAUUUCUGGAAGUGGGCUAAACUUAUGGUUAGAACAGAGUCUGAGAUAUGGUUAGCUGACAGGCUUGCCCACUGAUAACUAUGUGGACGGAACAUCCCAAUCCUCUCUAAUAUUAUACUGGAUAAAUCUGAAUAAAAAGGAUAACCACCUAGAGCGUGACAAAUCACCAUCACCAUCACCAUCACUGUUAUCAUCAUUAUUUAUUUAUUUUGUUGCGUUGAUAGUUUUGAUGAGAAGGGAGAACUUAAGAAAGCAGAGGACAAAUGAUCCUUCCUUCCUAAUUAUAAAAGAAAAUAAACAAAAGAUGAAAAAGACUUUUAUUUCAAUAUUUGAUUUUAGAUUCGCCAGGGCAAUCUUUUCUUUUAAAACAAAAAUCGGCUUCAGCUUUUGAGGAGGCCAUAAAUAAGUUUGGAUAUGAUUAGAGCUCAAUUCUAUGUUUUCUCUUGAAUACCACCUUGCAGGAUUUUUGUCCAAUUGGGUUGUGCUUGUAUAUCCCCCGAUUUUUGUGGCUAAUCUGUGAAUUCUAUAGCGUAUUAUCUGUAAUUUGGAUUUGCAUGCGUUUCAAAUGUAUUUCUUGAGCAGAAAUUUCAUUUGGUUCUAAUUGUGUUGUAGGACUUAUUUGCCUAUAAAUAAGGAAAUCAGGCCAUGCGAGUGAAAAAGGUCGAUAUCCAAGGGGUGCAAGGAGCUCUGGACAUUGCUUAUGUUGGUCGGGAUGAUAUCUCCGUUUAUCACAACUUGCUAGAUGUCGUAAAGACUUCCAUGUUAGUCAUACUGAGACAUCAAUAUUGUUACUUCACCUUGUUUGGUGCAACGAGCAAAAAGCCUGGGAGUUUUGUUUUGUUUUGUUUUUUUUCCCUCCUUUCUUUUGAGAUUUUAGAGCUUUUAAGAAAGAGAAAGCUAGAUGAUUGUCAAGAGAGAAGGAGAUCAUAUUGCCCUAUGUAUCUUACAAUUUUUGUCCUAGUUUCAUCUUUUUUGCUCGCAAAUCUCUACAA